AUGCAAUUUGUUGGAAAGAAUGGAAAAGCAGUUAGAGUACCAACACUUAAAAAUUGGUCAACAACAAUAAGAGGUUUUCAAACACUGUCGAAAAUUCUUUGGAAUAAAGGAAUAAAAUCAUUACUCCCAAGACAUCUGAAUCAAGAUUCAUUGGAAUGUUUCUUUGGUGCUAUAAGAAGUGUUGGGUGUUCAAAACCAACUUGCAGUAUAUUCAUUUCAUCGUAUAAAACUUUACUUCUCAACAAUUUGGUGUCCUCGCAUUCUCUGGGAGCAAACUGCGAAGAUUUCAAUGAAGACAGUCUGAUGAGUUAUAAACAUUUAUUUUCAUUUCAACAAGAAGAAUAUCCUAAGCCAACUUCCACAUAA